GGGAUAAAGCGUACAAGUGGUCCGUGCAGCGCUCCCGUCAGUCCCCCGCUGCGUGGACGUGGUGAGACGCUGGCUUCCCUCAGCCCGUGCACCGUGACCGAGGACUCGUCUCUUUCAUGUGUCCACGGUCUUGACGUUUUGUCCCUCGUGUUGGCUGAAUGGGCGGCUGGUGACGGGCUGACAGUGUGCAGCAUGUGUUAGAGGCGAGAGCCCGAGUCGUGUUCACGUCCGCGGAUGUUACCGGGAAAAGAGGGAGACGGGGCUUUUACGUUGCCCAUGCAUGUGACUCCGGGUUCAGCAGGACGUGACGGAGGAGCUCCUCCGAAUCCCGAAAAACGAGCGGACCGUGAACGCAAUUUUCUUUUUGUGAAGCAGCGCUGGUGAAGCAGGAGGUCGAUCCAGGCGCGGCCAGACCAGCCAACAAUGCGGAUUACCUCCUGACUAUUUGCCUUUGUGUCAAUACAGACUGUUUGUUUGUGCAAAGUUUGACAUAACACCUACAGGAGGGCUUCCUUUUCACCUCUUUUUAACAUCUGUAGUCCAUUGACGGGAGGUGCAAAUCCCACAUGUGCGCAGGGUGUCUGUGAAACUGCAAACUGGCUGACAACAGAGCAACAGGGACAACGAUGGCGAACGACUCCAUACAAAGUGACCCAGGUGGGCUGUCGGUUCUGGAGCAGCUCGGCCUGGACCAGAACUCUGAUUUCUCCGAUUCCAGCGUGCAGCAGCUUCUAGACGAGCAUCGCGAAAAGAUCCGCAGAGAGAUUCGCAGAGAGCUGAAAAUAAAGGAGGGAGCUGAGAACCUACGAAGGGCGACGACGGACAAGAGGAACGCACAGCAGGUGGAGAGCCAGUUGCGUUCUUCGAACCGCAAGCUGGACGACCUCCAUGCUCAGCUGCAAGAACUGGAUGCUCACAUUGUGGUGAAAGGAGGAGAGGAGAAUAAAGAUGAGUGUCCUCAGUCUCCCGGGGCGGAGAGUCGUACGUCAGCCCACAAGGACCGCAUUGCUGCCCUGGAGAGACAGCUCAACAUCGAGCUCAAAGUCAAGCAGGGAGUUGAAAACAUGAUCCCCAUCUACGCUAAUGGAUCCACCAAGGAUAAGAAGAUGCUGCAGACGGCCCAGCAGAUGCAGCAGGACAGUAAGACCAAGAUCGACAUCAUCCGCAUGCAAAUCCGCAAAGCUGUGCAGGCCACCGAGCACAAUGACGACACACAGGGUAACCAGGACCUCUGUGGGAUGGAGCUGCGUAUCGAAGAGCUGAGGCAUCACUACAGGGUGGAGCAUGCUGUCGCUGAGGGGGCCAAAAAUGUGCUGAGGCUCCUGGGGGCCAGUAAGGUCCAGGACAAGAAAGCCCUGUCUGAGGCGCAGUCUCGUCUGAGCGAGGCGUCUCAGCGCUUGGACCUGCUGAGGGACUCUCUGGACCAGCGUCUGGCAGAGCUGCCCGAGGACCACCCCAAGGCCAGUGUCAUCAAAGAGGAGCUGGUCCUGGCCUCUUCGCCGGCAUUCAGCUCUCGCCAUGGCGCCCCCUACCGCCACAACCAGUACAGCACGCUCAACAAGCCCUCGCCCCUCACUGGUACCUUACAGGUGCAGGUUCUGGGCUGCGUGGGGCUGUUGGAGGUGGUCCCUGGUCGCAGUAAAGGGACGGCUGUCAUGCUGCCCUGCUACAGCCCCGGAGACACCAGGUCCUUCAUGAGAGGCAGCAAGGGACUCUACAGCCGGAGCGGCUCGGUCAGCGGGAAGACGCCCAGCAAGACGGAGGAGCUCUCAUCUGAGGUGAGUGCUGUGCUGAAGCUGGAUAACGGUGUGGUGGGCCAGACAUCCUGGAAGACUGUGGGAGAGCAGGCCUGGGACCAGACCUUCACUGUGGAGCUGGAAAGGUCGAGGGAGAUGGAGAUUGCAGUCUACUGGAAGGACUACCGCUCGUUGUGUGCUCUGAAGUACCUGAAGCUGGAGGAGUUCCUUGACAACCAGAAACACAGAGUUCAGCUCGAGCUGGAGCCUCAGGGCCUGCUGCUGGCCGAGGUGACAUUCUUCAACCCGGUCAUUGAGAGAGCUCCUCGUCUCCAGAGGCAGAAGAAGAUCUUUUCUAAGCAACAAGGCAAGGCGUUCCUUCGAGCUCGUCAGAUGAACGUGGACAUCGGGACGUGGGUGAGGCUGCUUCGAAACGCCAUUCCCACUGUCAACAACUCAGGAACCUACAGUCCCAACGCACACAGCCUAACACCCAACGCCGGGGAGGUCUCGGUGGAGAAGUUGAGUCUGGACAGCGACUCUCCCGUAAGAGGAGAUUACAAGAGAGACGCGGACCCAAACACCCCGGUGAGACCGACAGAGGGAGAGGAAGCUCGUGAAAUGGGGGAGGACCGACUGCCAGUCAUCGAGCCCUUCUCCCCCCCAGACCUCACCCCCGAGUGCCCUGUCCGAACCCCAUCUGUUGGCAGUAAACAGAGGAAAGGUCCUCUGUCUCUCCAGGACUUCAGGCUGAUCGCUGUGCUGGGCCGGGGACACUUUGGGAAGGUGUUGUUGUCAGAAUACAAGAAGACGGGCACAAUGUACGCCAUCAAAGCCCUGAAGAAAGGAGAUAUCGUAGCUCGGGAUGAGGUGGAGAGUCUGAUGUGCGAGAAGCGCAUCUUUGAGACCGUGAACCUGUCCCACCAUCCCUUCCUGGUCAACCUGUUUGCGUGCUUCCAGACUCCAGAGCAUGUGUGUUUUGUUAUGGAGUACACAGCAGGAGGCGACCUGAUGAUGCACAUCCACACAGACGUCUUCACGGAGCCGCGAGCCGUGUUUUAUGCAGCCUGCGUAGUUCUUGGACUUCAGUUCCUCCAUGACAAUAAGAUUGUGUACAGAGACCUCAAGCUUGACAACCUGCUGCUAGACACCGACGGUUAUGUGAAGAUCGCUGACUUUGGACUGUGUAAAGAAGGAAUGGGCUUUGGGGACCGGACCAGUACCUUCUGUGGGACUCCAGAGUUCUUGGCCCCAGAGGUCCUGACGGAUACAUCCUACACCAGGGCAGUGGACUGGUGGGGGCUGGGGGUCCUCAUCUAUGAAAUGUUGGUGGGAGAGUCUCCAUUCCCAGGAGAUGAUGAAGAGGAGGUGUUUGACAGCAUUGUGAAUGAUGAAGUCCGCUAUCCACGCUUCCUGUCCACUGAGGCUAUUGGCAUCAUGAGGAGGCUGUUGAGGAGGAACCCAGAGAGAAGACUAGGAUCUGGUGAAAAGGAUGCAGAAGAAGUGAAGAAGCAGCCAUUUUUCAGAAAUGUGGACUGGGAGGCGUUGCUGCAGAGGAAGGCGCCCCCUCCCUUCGUCCCCUCCAUUGUCGGCAAGGAAGACGUCAGCAACUUUGACGAGGAGUUCACCACCGAGGCCCCGGCUCUCACGCCGCCACGUGAGCCUCGCGUGCUCUCCCGAAAAGACCAGGACAGCUUCCGGGACUUUGACUACGUCUCUGACCUCUGCUAGAGGGCCGGGGGACUCACAGACCUAGAGGAAUGUUCUGCUUUGAAGGCUUCACGGCGCUUUCGUCUGAGCGGACCGACGGUCUCAACUGACUGUCCGCUGACUGUGUGUCUGCCGUCAAUUUACACUGUGAAUGAAUGUGGAGGGACCAGAGGCAGUCGGUCUCUGUUGUGUGUGUCUGCCGGGGUUUUAAACAUGGAGGACUAAGAAAAUAAAAGCAAGGACUGAUGGCUGACGGGGUGAAAUGUCGGACAAAUGAAGGCCCCCCCUCUCCAACCAUUGUACAACUCACCGGUGACUUGUGUAUCUUUACAAACAUUAGCCUUUAAAAUGCCUCCUCCCAUCGUCUUGUGUGUCAUGAGUAGCUGUGAGAGGAGGAGAUGUUGACUGUUUGGGGGGCGGUUUGUUUCAUGGCCUCUCAUACCAAUGCCUUACAUUUGUAUUUGAUCCACAGAAAAGCAUUUUGUUCUCAUUUUGUGGCCCUUUGUAUACAGCAGCGAGAGGAGUGACCCUGAAAAAGAGGAUUGGCUCAUUAGAGUGGAAACGGUGACGUCACAUUCCGAUUUAAUUUGUACUCAAACAUUCCCAGCAGUCAUGUGAUGAUGAUGACGACCGCCAGUCAUGCUGACCGUUGCUAGGCGGAUAAUGAGUUACCUAUGGGGUAAAGAACCACUUUUUUUAAAUAUGUGUGCUGCUUGGAUUUAAAUUUCUUCCACAAACAUUACAAAAACAAUUUUUAAAGAUGUCGUAUUUAAUGACGGUCGACUCCUCUGUGCAUUAUUCGAUACCCAGCACAGAUUUUUAAAUUGGAUAUCUGGGUGUUAUACAUAGUUUGAUAUAAAACAGGUGUAGCAGACACAGAAUCACAACAAUCAGCAUAAAAGCUACGUGGCAAGCAUGUUACGGUAUUUCACUCUUUUUAUAAUUGGGGGUAAAAACACUAAGACUUGAUGUACAAGUAACAUUAUGGUGUCUGUCCAUUAUGGGUUUGAGACACGUUCAUCCAGUUAUCGACUUGCUUCCAGAGUUUUGUGAACAUAAAGUAAGUAAUUUCCCUCCAAGACACUUUAAACUCAACAAACGCUGGCUCUAACGGUGGUUUUAGUGUCUAUAUUAAGAACAGUUUUCCCGACUAUCCAUUGUGGUAAUUGCAGUUUCCACCAUAGAGAUGAAUUCAUCUUUGUUUCUGCCGAAUCAGAUUGAUAUCAUAGUUAUUGUAGAAAAUCUGAGUGAAGCAAGAAUCAGCCACUUCUCCACAGCAGCGCUUAAAGCAGUCGAAUGCUGCUUUAGAUUCCAGUGAAACAGUUCUCUUGGCAAUACAUUUGAAAAUGGACAAUAUCAUUUGAAACGGGAUGAUCAAUGUUGGAAGAUAUGAGCCAGUGGUAUAAACCUCUGUAACAGUUUACAAUCUCUGGGUACAGGAGAGGUUUGUUGUGAAGCUGUAUGUAUGAUGGUGUGGAUUUUACUUAUCUUGUGUAUGGCAAUACAAAACCCUGUGAGAGGAUGAGAUGACUUAUUUUAUAAAGAAAACCUGGAGUAAAUAUCCUGUCUGUUGUCAAGUGUUUUGGAGUGUUCAUUCAAAACCAAGGAACAGUCGAGAACAGAUACCAGAAAGGCAAGUAAAAAAAAAAAGGUGUGCAAUAAUUCAACGCUUCAAUGGAAUCGUGUCGUGACGAUUCGUUCGUAUCAUGUCAUCUUUUUACAAAAUUGUAUGUGGAGGUGUUAAGAAUAUCAAGAGAACAUCAUCAACCAUAUAUUAAAAGGCACAUAACAUAACAUAAAGCAUGAGCAUCUUCAAAAGUGUUAUUUGUGAAAUCGAUAAAGGACAU